CCAGGUGUGAAGGCCGAGAGCAUCGACUUGCCGACGGAGAGUGCUGACUGCGACUGGAGCUCCGGACUGCAGCCGUCCCCGUGCGUGCAGUGCGCUGUGUGCGGCCCAGGCCAUGGCGGUCCGUGCCCGCCGCUGCACGGAGUGUUCGACCAGCCUGGCGAGGAGGGAAGCAUGCCGGAGCAUGUCGCUGCAGGCGUCGGCGCGGAGCAGGCCCAGCAGCUGGUCGUCAGCGAGGCCUUCUCCCUCGCAGUGCCGGCUGGCGACGCGGUCCAGGACGAGCAGGCCUCGAGCAAGGAGACGGGCAGGAAGGCGCGCCGCGGAUUCAACUGUGGGGAGUGCGGCCAGCGUUUCCGGACUGAGAGCGGAUUGCGGGACCACCUUGCAAGUCACACUGAGGGCGGACCUCACUCGUGCGGGGUGUGUGGCAAGGAGUUCCCCUGGAAGAGUUUUCUUGUGAGGCACUCGAGGAUCCACACCGGGGAGAAGCCUUUCAAGUGUGACGAGUGCGGAAAACCAUUUGCUCUGUCAUUUCAUUUAGUGAAUCACAAGAGGACCCACACUGGGGAAAGGCCUUACAAGUGUGACGUGUGCGGGAAGGCGUUUUCCGUUUCAUCUCACUUAGUGGUGCACAAGAGGAUCCAUUCUGGGGAGAAGCCUUACAAGUGCGACGUGUGCGGGAAAGCAUUUUCUGAUCCAUCCACUUGUGCGCGACACAAGAGGAUUCAUGCCACCAAGAAGCCAUAGGAAUGUGGUGUCUGUUGAAAGAUGUUUUUGUGGGCAUGCAACGCGAAAUGACACGAGGGGACCUAUGACGCGCGGACGCACACAGGUGUGUUGAGAAUGGGCGAUCUCUGUGAAGCUGGUUUUUGCUUCACUCUGAGUUAAUCUUCUGUUCUCGUCUAUGUCGACCUUGUUUCUUUGGAUUAUGUCCUUGCCUUUUAAUGAAGAGUUGCUGUGUAAAGUGAGCACCAGUAUUGCAUUCUUUUU